UGAGUCGUCAUGCCCUGGUGAAUGCUAGGCAUCACCCCCUCUCCAGGCUAUGGCCGCUAUUUAUUCUCUCCUCUCUUCCAUCUUCAACCUGUCUGUAUCCUUAAGUGCUCGUUCUCUGCAUCUAGCUGCAUCCUCGUUCUUUAUUUCCAUUACCUAAACGAAUCUCGCCCCUCUUCAGCUCCCGUUUCACUCCUCGCUCCUGGUUCGCCGAGCUAGCUCGACAAGACGAAGCUCGCCUGCGAACAUGCCACCCGAGGCUACCUACGAGUCACCCAAUUCAUCCAAAAUGGCGAACGGAGACAGAAAUGGGACUAUCUCGAAGUUCGACCUGAAACCCCUUCCGAAGGCCGACCAGGCUCAUUCCAACGGCGGCAAACUUCAGACCAACACAGACGUUACGAGCAGACAUACCCGCAACAGGUCCAGCGUGGAUGGUACCAAGUACAAAGAUGGCAUGUGGAAUCCGCAGAAUGAGAAAGUCCUUAUGGGUCCAUAUGACUACAUGUCGCAGCACCCGGGCAAGGACAUACGGCGACAGCUGAUCAACGCCUUUAAUGCGUGGCUCAAAGUUCCUCCAGAGAGCCUGGACAUCAUCAACAGGGUAGUUGGUAUGCUCCACACAGCUUCUUUACUAAUCGACGAUGUCGAAGACUCUUCCUCCUUGCGCCGAGGGAUCCCGGUUGCUCACAACAUAUUCGGCACUGCGCAAACCAUCAACUCGGCUAAUUACGUCUACUUCCUUGCCCUGCAGGAGGUGCAGAAACUGAACAAUCCCGCCGCGAUCGACGUAUACGUGGCAGAGAUGCUCAAUCUCCACCGUGGUCAAGGGAUGGACCUUUUCUGGCGGGACACACUCACCUGUCCAAGCGAAGACGAAUACCUAGAAAUGGUUGGAAACAAGACGGGUGGAUUGUUUAGACUUGCAGUUAAAUUGAUGCAAGCUGAAAGCAAGGCGGGCACAGACUGCGUUCCCCUCGUCAACGUCAUGGGCCUCAUCUUCCAGAUCUGCGACGACUACCUCAAUCUCUCCAACACCAUGUACACCAAGAACAAGGGCCUUUGCGAGGACCUAACUGAGGGUAAAUUUUCCUUCCCUAUAAUCCACAGCAUACGCUCGGACCCGAGCAACCAUCAGCUAAUCAACAUCCUUAAACAAAGGACUAAGGAUGAGGAAGUGAAGCUCUACGCGGUGGCUUAUAUGGAGAGGACCGGUAGUUUUGCCUACACCCGUCAAGUCGUCGGGGACCUGCGCGAUACCGCGUUGACCCUAAUCGAUGAAAUUGACAAGUCGCAGCCUGACGGUCAGGGCGACGGUUCCUUGGUCCGGGCGAUUCUCACCAGGAUUGUUCAGACCACGCUCAAAGAUGGGGUCGACGGUUGAGUAGUUCAACUUAGCUACCUCCUUCAUUUACGAAAUCUUCCUUUUCCCGUUGCGGUCCGAGUUUACAACAUAUGCUUUCUGCCAAUAUACCCCUCUUCUUUCUUCUGCUUGUUUCAUUAUCGGGGAAUAGCUUGCGAUGGCGUCUGGUUUGGUAUAAUCAAUCACGAAGUUAGGCGAAGUCCAGGAUGGGGGAGCAAUGACUAGGCACCUUUUCUGCAACUCAGCUUUGCGGGAUAUGGCAUAGCUUCUGCCAUUUGUGGCCGUCGGGACGGCUUGCUUCUCGCUUCUUUUUGCUGAUGUUUUGGUUUCGGGAGUUGAAUAGGACUGGAUUAUUUCAGUUUAGUGAUCUUGCUGUGACAUAUUAAUGAGAUGAGAAUCCACGACAUCGAAGUCGAAUGUUUGAAAGCAGUGAAUAGCGAGAAGCAAGAAAUACGUAGUCUUAAUCAUCA